AUGGAUCAGCAGACACAACAAGCUCAUGCAGCUGCCGGAGCUCCUCAGCUGAGCUUCGACGACCAGCCAUCAUUCAUUGAUAACAACGCCUGGAGUCCGCAUGAAGAAUUGACAAGAGUACCUUCUCUGUACACCCCCGAGCCAGCCCUGCUAGGGCCUUUGGACGUAUUUUUGCCAGAACCGCAGCACUUUGCGGAUGCCAUUUACGAUGAGCUGGCCUUGGCACUGUACGAUGCGUCCUACCUCAUCGACUCGCACGCUCCAACUCAGACCAACGUGCGCGACAUCUUGGAAAACAAGACGGAAGAGACUAAGCCGGCCCUUCAUGUCGCAACCGACUGCAAGACCCAGUCUCAACCUUGGACCACCCAAGGCUUAACGCCGACAGCCGGUUGCACCACCGACGAGUUUGUCGAAUCCCCACUCGAAGCGCCAUUCCAGCGCACCUCCUCCAAACGUCAGCGCGAGCGCGGCGACAAGACUGAGGAAAAAGUAAAGACCAAACGCAACAAGAAAGCAAUCGGCGGUUUCCCGUGCCAGCUGGGCGACUGCGACAAGAGCUUUGACCGGCAAUGCGAUCUGGAAAAGCAUCAGAAGCAUAAGCACACCGCCAAGCGGUACCGUCCCUACGAGUGCAAGAAGGCGGACUGCUUCGUGCGAUUCUGCUGGCCAAAGGAUGUCAGGAGACACAUGUUGCAGGUGCACAAGACUUGGUUGCCUGCUACGGAACCAAUCAGCCCGACGGUAGCUUCGAGGAAAGCUUCGAUGGGAUUGUUGACCAAGACUCUGCUCAUGUUCCGAAAGCUCCACCUGCGGACCAAAUGUCAAGAGGACAACGACCACGGUCUCAUCACCUCUCCCGUCUCUUUCUCCUCUCCAGACGCGACCAGUGCGCCUCCGGAGAGAUUCAUCAUGGUGACUUACGACAAGCAGUCUUUCCGCGAAGUAGACGUCACUGCUCUCACCAACGACACCCACCCCGCGGCUCUCAUCCACCACGUCAUCCGAGUCCUCGGCUUGCAAGGGUUCUUGCGGCCCGAGAAUGCCUUGCUCAGCAAGUACCACCGCACUCUCGGGUUCGAGCGGCCCCUGUCGGGAGAUGCGUUGGUGGGAUUCGUUUCACAGAAUGCUGAUGCGGAGGGGACUCUGAAACUGCAGCUUUCCGUCGCGGGACUGCCGUCGACGGCGAUGGCCAGGCCGAAUGAGUCGCAGCACUCUCACUGA